AUGAACUCAGAAGAAGUAAGGAUAAGGAAAACAAUUCUCGACUCGUUUUUGUUUCAAAAUCAAGAUCACCAUGAAGAUUCAAAAAAUUUUAUGAUUGAAUCUUCAACGCUUUUACAAGAAUUUAGUAAAAAAAAGUCUUCUGAAAAGUUCGGUGUGCCAUUACAAAUCGAAAGAGGCGAUGAAAAAAAUGACUAUACAUUCGAUUUCAAAACCUAUCUUAAUUCGUUACCAAGUUAUCGAAGUAACUCGAGUCGUGUAGCGAAUACUCAAAAAACGUUUGAUAGGGCAAACUCACUCUAUCCUACUAUAACUCUACCGAAACCGCAUUCUGAAAAGUACUCAACUUUAAAUAAAUCUCCCAAAAGUAGCAACAGGAGGUUAGAAGAAUGCAAUAAGAUUCUUUUAAAACAAUUUCCAAAGUAUCUAGAUAACAAAUGCAUCAACGGCAGAUCACUCGAUAAGAAAUACGAAGAGCAAAAAUAUUUUAUUGAAAAAUACGAUGGAAAUAAGCACUCUGCUGAAAGCUACUUUAAUGAUAAGAAGCAUACAAAAUAUAUAGACGAAUGUUUAACUUUAUCGGGGAAAAAAAAUAAACGCGAGCACGAAAGCAACAAAUGCGAUGAAUUGGUUAAUAAAAAGGUAAUUUACCAACCAAUAUAUAUUCUCCCAUCUAGCAUUAGUAAUGAUGUACUUGAUUCGGGCCAAAUAGUUUCAAACUCUCGGGUUGAAACAUUGAAAUUUCAAUUACCGGAUAACAUGCACUCUAUGUUGACAACUUCCAAAACCGGAACUAUAAAGCAAAUUAGUUCAGAAUCAGCAAAAAAACGCAGUUUUGUUUGUCAUUUAUGCGGUAAAGCGUAUUGCCGUAAAUACGUGCUUAAAAUACACAUGAGAACACAUUCCGGUGAAAAGCCACUUUUAUGCAACGUAUGUGGUAAGCGGUUUAGUGACCCCAGCAACAUGAAAAAACAUGCUAAAUUACACGGCGAAGAAGAUUCUAAAUAUAAUUGCAAACUGUGCGGAAAACAUUUUGGAAGAAGACGUGGUUUAAGAAACCACGUUAUGUCAUGGCAUAAAGGAGAGAUAAGAGAUAUUUUUAGCGGCGACGAUGAGAAAAUACGUGACGUGUAA